AUGGAAGGGAAGGAAAGAAAACGGCGCUGGAAAGGGGUAAGGGCUGCGACAAGGACGGGGCAGGAGGUGGGAAGAGCCUAUCAGGCACUAGGGAGCAGGGGAGGGCCAAAGAGGUGGGUGGGUAGGCCCAUGCCUUCCCUGGGCUCCCAGCUCUGCAGGGCAGCAUUCCUGGCCACAAUUCUGCUGCUGUUGCUGCAAGUGAAGCCUCAGAAGGGGAGCCCAGGCCCUGAGGAGAGGAGCCAGAGAGAGAAAACACCCUCUCCAGACCAGAAUCAAGAACAAUUUGAAGAGCACUUUGUGGCCUCCUCGGUGGGUGAGAUGUGGCAAGUGAUGGACAUGGCCCAGCAAGAGGAGGACAAGACUUCUGAGACAGCAGCUCUCCGUGAACACCUUUUUUACUUAGCUUUCUGCUUUAAUCUGGCCAGCAUCAUGGUUUUUUUAUGA